CGCGGCGGUAGCAGGAGGACAGGCGCACACGCACGCACGUACACGGGCGGGGACACGCACGCACGCACGGCGGCUCGGAGGCGCCAUGGCGGCUGCUCGCAGCGACAUGGCGGAGCUGGAGGGGCCGCUGCCCGGCCAGGCGGCUGAGGAGGAGGCUGGAGCGGAGGCCGGCGGCGGGGCUGGAGUCGGGGCGGGCCCGCGGGCGGUGCUGCUGCUGCUGGGCGGCGAGGCGGAGAGCAUGUCGGAGCGCAGCCCGGGCAGCGCGAGCCAGGCGGGCGACGAGGAGGAAGAGGACGAGGAGGAGGAGGGCGGCGAGGAGGAGGAGAGGAGUAGCCUGGCGGGUAGCAGCAGCGGCUGCUGCAGCGACGAGACGCGCUCGCUCAGCCCCGGCGGCAGCAGCGAGGCGGACGCCAAGGAUGAGCCCAAGGGCCCGCGGGGUGGGCAGGCAGCAGGGCCGGGCCGCGGCGGCGCGGGGGGCUGCGGGGCCGGCGGCAGCAGCAGCAGUAGUAGUAGCAGUAGUAGCAGCAGCGUGUCGAGCGGCGCGGACGAGGGCUACGGCACGGGUGGCGGCGGCAGCAGCAGCUGCAGUGCCACGUCGGGUGGCCGCCGCGGCAGCCUGGAGAUGUCGUCGGACGGGGAGCCGCUCAGCCGCAUGGACUCGGAGGACAGCAUAAGCAGCACUAUAAUGGACGUAGACAGCACAAUUUCCAGUGGGCGUUCAACUCCUGUUAUGAUGAAUGGACAAGGAGUUACAGCUUCAUCUGCAAAAAGUAUUGCUUAUAACUGUUGUUGGGACCAGUGUCAUACUUGCUUCAACUCCAGCCCGGAUUUGGCAGAUCACAUUCGCUCCAUACAUGUGGAUGGUCAGCGAGGAGGGGUAUUUGUUUGCUUAUGGAAAGGUUGCAAAGUAUAUAACACGCCUUCUACAAGUCAGAGUUGGUUACAGAGGCAUAUGCUGACUCACAGUGGGGACAAGCCUUUCAAGUGUGUGGUUGGUGGGUGCAAUGCCAGCUUUGCAUCUCAGGGAGGACUAGCUCGUCAUGUGCCCACACACUUCAGCCAGCAGAAUUCUUCAAAAGUUGCCAACCAGCCAAAGGCCAAAGAGGAAUCUCCUUCUAAAGCUGGAAUGAACAAAAGAAGGAAAUUAAAGAAUAAAAGACGACGUUCAUUACCAAGACCACAUGACUUCUUUGAUGCACAAACACUGGAUGCUAUUCGACAUCGAGCCAUCUGCUUCAACCUCUCAGCUCACAUAGAAAGUUUAGGAAAAGGUCACAGUGUUGUAUUUCAUAGUACUGUAAUAGCUAAGAGGAAAGAAGAUUCUGGAAAAAUAAAACUUUUGCUUCAUUGGACACCAGAGGACAUUCUGCCUGAUGUGUGGGUAAAUGAAAGUGAACGACAUCAAUUAAAAACUAAAGUAGUUCAUUUAUCAAAACUACCAAAAGAUACUGCCUUGCUUCUGGACCCAAACAUAUACAGAAAUUCUAGUAAAGGAGGUACAUACAGUGGAAUCCUGAAAGAUCACUUCUGUUAAGAUCACAUACUGAACAAUGCCACAGAAGAGGUUGAAGAGGUAAAAAUCAAGCAAGCGGGGACACCUGCAGUCUUAGUCACUGACAAUGGAUUUAGAAAUAAAGUUGCACAUUAGUCACCCCCAUCCUUUUUCUUUUAAAUUCUUAGAUAAUAUUUAUGCUUAGUGUAAACAUUCUGUGAAUGCAGUUGAUGCUUCUGUGGAAUAUAUUAAUAUAUUACUGUAUAUCCACAUUUUCAUGGAAUGGUACAGUGGGAGACUGAGCAAACACUCUUCUGGCAACUUAGUGGAACAGCUAAAAAGGCUUUGCAUGCUUGCUGCUUUAAGGUGCUUUUUUUUCUUUAGUGAAUACAGUAGUUUAUCUGAAAAGAGAAAGCGAUCAUCAUAACGUACCCUCUCACUUUCCAGGAGAACUAUUAAUGAGCUGAUAGAAAUCUUGUCAACAGUAACUGAAACUAACAUACCCUGGGCGGUGUACAAACUACCAAGGGAUUAUUGUAUUACUUCUAAAUAUGGUGGAAAGUAAUCAGUUAUCAUUGUAACCUCAUGUUUCUUCACAAAUCCAUAACAAGAGGUGUUAAAUUAUAAACUAUGAACCCAUGUUAGUGGUAUGCCUGUUUUUCCCAAUCAAGUAUAAAUACAUAUACUAAGGCUGAAAGGUGUUGAUAGAGUGUUGCAGUAUGUCUGACCCUUUUAUCAGAACUAGCAUAGUAUGUUAAUGAGAUCUACUUUUAUGAAUGGUUUUUGAAAAACCUUUAGUUAAGCAGGUAAUGAUAUUGGUGUCUUAUUUUAAUUUUUUUGACCUUUGAGACUCCUAUUCACAUGUAAAGUGUAUUUUUUUUUUUUAUUUGGUCUAACUUUCUGGAUGUAAAGAAAAUAGUAUUUUUUAAAAACAUCUAGAAAUUUAAUUCUUUAUGCACCAAAGUUGGCUAUGAAAAGGAAAAUUAAAUCACUUUCUUGCUUAAUAAGCAAGAAGUCAUGGAUUUUUUAACUGACAAAUAGAAAUGUGUCUAAUCUGUUAGUCUUAUAUGGAGACAAAAAUGUUGCAUAUAGAUAAUAGGAUGUUGCUUGUAAAUAAUUCAGCAGAUUUGUAAUAUAUUUUUAUAUUAUGAAAUGUACUGUAGAUGUUUUCUAGGGGCAUGAAAGUUAAAAUGUAUAUAUUAUGGUAGAAAUAAUAUUGAAGGAUAUUGUAAUUCACUAGGGCUGCCAGAAGAAUUGUUUAAAAAAGCACCUUCCUUAACAAUAAAAAAGUCUUUUGCAUACCUAAGGGAAUAUAUAUACUACUGUUAAUAUCUGUUAUAAGGACAAAAGUACAUUGAACAUCCUUCCCAGAAAUCUUUGAGGGAUGAACAAUACCCAUAAUGAAUUUUUGGCACUCCUUCCUGAUAUUGAACGUAAAAUCGGUCAUUUCCUUGCUGUUGGAAGGAACAAAUAUGAAAUGUGUGGAUAUAUGCAGUCAAACUGCAGAAUUAGCCCUCCUUGUUGGGGAGGAGUUUUCACAUUACUACAAUGAAUCUAAAAACCAGCAGUUUUUACACUAAAUUUUUAUUAAAUAGAAUAAAGCUUAGAAAUAACCUUUUGGCUGCAGGAGUGAGCAUAUUCUAAUAUAAUAUAAAUGCAUUCUGCAUUGGUACUGACAUGAGAGACUCACUUAGCUCCAAUGGGUUAAAAAUGUUACUUAUACUACAUGAAAAAAAUCUUAUCAAACAAAAUGAAGUGCAGAUUGAAAGCACUGCUAAUAUAAGAUGUUCUGGAAUGGUUGUUUAAUAAAUAAGGGUAUUAUUAUUCAUACAAUCUGUAGCAAUGUGACUUUAUUUUUGAAAAAAAUGCAGUUUUUUGUUUUGGGGUUUUUUUGUGUUUUUUUUUGUUUUGUUUUGUUUUUUGCUUGAGCACUUCAUCUACUGCUUUUUCUGUACCUAUAAAUAAUUUACAGUCUCUUUGGUUCCUUUUUGAAUUUAUUAUAAAAUUGCCAAAUAGAAGUGUUUCAGAUAUAGUUUGUAUUUGUAUUUUUUUAAUUUUAUUGCUUCAUGAGUUUCUUGUAAGUCAUUUAUAAUUGACAGAUGAUUGUAGACCUCACCUGAGUAUUUUUUCUAAUAAAACAAAGCAAACAACCACA